AUGAUUAUUCAGCUGCUAACGUUUCUUGUCCUGAUCAGUGCAUUAAACUGCCAAAAAAGUCCUAAGGCUCAAUUAUCUUUCCUUCUCAAACCAAAAAUUGGUGGCAAAACCACUGUUGCUUGUAUGGUGGACGAUGGGGAACCGCCAUUUGAAUUUAAUUGGUUUAAAGAUGAGCAAAAGAUUCAACACGAUUCGACAAUUCAUAUUGAUAAGUUGAGAGACUCUUCAAUCUUAACUAUCGAGCAAAUGUCGUCAAGUCACAAUGGGAAAUAUACAUGUAAUGUUAAAAAUAUGUAUGGAAGUGAUACACCAGCUAUCGAGAUUGCUGUUGAAGGACCACCUUCAUGGAAAUUCAAGCAACAGGAUAUCAAAUCUAAACCAAAUGAAAAUGUCAUCUUGAAAUGUUCUGCUACUGGUCAUCCAAAACCAAAAGUUAUAUGGAAAAAGUUUGAAAACUUGAAGUGGGUAACUCUGGGUGAUGAUAAAUUGAUUGGAAAAAUUUCUGAUGAUGAAAUUAGGGUCAGCAAUUUACAUAAGAAACACGAAGGAAAAUAUGGAUGUGAAGUAUCGAAUGGAUUUGGGCCUAAUCUUUGGAAUGAAUUCAAUAUUGACAUCAUUGCUCCCAAGGCUGGUCAAAUAUCAUCAAUAUCCAAGCCAAAGGAAGGCGGUGUAGCUACUUUUGCCUGUGCUACUGAAAGUGGCGAUAAACCAAUUCAUUUUAAGUGGUUCAAAGACGCGCAACCAAUUGAGAAUUCAGAAACAAUCAGGAUUGAAUCUUUAACCCGAGACUCCUCAGUCUUAAUAAUAGAUCCAAUCACAGUCAAGCAUAAUGGAAACUAUACUUGUGUUCUUAGCAAUAAUUUUGGAAAGGAUUCAUCUUCGAUACAAAUUAGUAUAGAAAGUCCUCCCAGAUGGAAAAAUAAGCCUUCUCAGUCAUAUAAAGUUCGGAGUAAUUCUGCUUUUAAUGUAUCUUGCUCUGGCGAAGGUUUUCCCCAAACUCGAAGUGAAUGGAAAAAAUUUACUGGAACAUCAUGGGAGCCAUUGAAUCAUGAUCUAAUUAAAACAACGCAAAGCGAAAUGAACAUUUUGAAAUCAACAAAAUUAUUAUCUGGUCGUUAUGGAUGUGAGGUUUCUAAUGGUAUUGAGCCCAAGCUUUGGUCUGAAUUCGAAAUCUUUAUUACUGGUAACAAAGUUUAA